AGCGUGUGUAAACCAUGUAAACACUCCCGUCGGGAUUUUUUUUUUCUGGAUCGGGAAAGCACUCGAGUGUCUGUGUGUGUGUGUGUGUGUGUGUGUGUGCGCGUGUGCGCGCGCGCGUUUUGCUCUGCGGCUCCGCCCGGCGUGCGGUGAGAGACUCGCUGCUCGAAUGUGAAGAGUUUUAUUGGAUUGACCGACAGCGGCGGGAGAGGACCGGGCUUUAACACCGCACAGGACAAAGAAAAACCCCGGGGGAAGGGGGGCCGUUAAGGAGAAAUACAAGAUAAAGACAGCCGUGAAAAUGGAUAUUUGUGCCGUGACGCUCGCCUUUGGGCUGUUAAUGUUCGGUGGGGGCUCGGCCCGGGUGGUGCAGGUGCCUCCCGGCCCGUUGAUCCGGGUGGAGGGUCAGCCGGUCUCCGUCCGAUGCGAUGUGACGGAGUACAGCGGACCUCGCGAGCAGGACUUUGAGUGGAUGACGGCCCGGGACGAGGGCGGCAAGAAGUUGGAGAUCAUCUCCUCCUUCGACCCCGGCUACUCCCACCCGUCGUUCAGCAAGCGCGUGGCGUCCGGCGACAUCUCGGUGGUGCGUCUCCAGGACAACGAGGUGGAGCUGAAGAUAGCCGAGGUGAAGGUGGCGGACGGCGGCUACUACUGGUGCCAAACGCCGAGCACCGACUCCGUCAUCAGUGGCAACUACGAGGCCCGGGUCCAGCUCACUGUCAUCCCCAACACCCUGCGGGUCUCCCCCUUGACCCCGCCCCCAGUGGUCUCGGAAGGAAGUGACCUCACGCUCUCCUGCAACGUCACCCGGGAGCUCAACCACCCCACCUACCUGUCCGUCACCUGGUCGGUGAAGAGGGGCGCCACGUCGGAGGACGUCCUGACGCUCGGCCCCCAGGGGGACGUGGUCACGGGGGCCAAGUACGCCCGGCGCUACGCCGACGGAGGCGUCCGAUUGGUUCCCGGCAGGAACGGGUUGUUUGAGUUGGUGAUCACCAAAGUGACGACCUCCGACGCAGGGGUCUACGAGUGCAACGGGACGGAGUGGACGCAUGAGGGCGGAGGGAAGUGGACGAAGAUCGUGGAGAGCACGAGAGAGAUGGGCACCGUGGCCGUUACUCCCACAGGUCAAUCCCUCAGUGUGACGGCGUCGUCCUCCUCGCCCCCGCUCCUCUCCCCCGGCGAGACGCUGACCCUGCUCUGCUCCGUCGCCGCCGACAACCUGCCCGCCCUCGCCCUGGAGGUGGCCUGGCUGGCCGACGGGCGCGACCUGGUCACCAUGGAUCGCAGCGGGGUGGUGAUCUACAACGCGUCCUCCUCUUCCUCCGGCGGGGGGGCGCAGGGAGGCAGGGCGCCGGCCAGCCUGGAGCGCACGGACGCCAGGGAGUACCGGCUGGCCGUGAGGGGGGUGAGCGGCGGGGACGGCGGGGCGUACGCCUGCCGCGUCCGGGCCUUCAUCGAGACGGGGGCGAGGAGCUCCGGAGGAGGAGGCAGGUGGCUCCUGGCGGCGGAGAAGACGUCCGGCGCCGUGGCGGUGAAGGUGGCGCAGACCAAGCCGAGCUUCGCGGUGACCCUGGAGGCCGCCCUCAACCCCCGGAUGACGGCUGACCCCACGGAGCUGGCGUGUCACGUGACCAACAUCACCCAUCUCCCCCUCGGAGGCCGACUGGGCGUCACCUGGGAGCACACCCCGCUACCUGGUGGCGGCAGCGACCCUCAGACCUCUCAGCCCAUUGGCUCCCUGGACGCCCGGGGCAACCUGUUGCCGUCGGCGACGUACUCGGACCGGCUGCGCAGCGGCGAGAUCACUCUGACCCGAGUGCAGCCCGACACGUUCAAGCUCCGCUUCCUCCGCACUCAGGAGGUCGACAUGGGGCAGUACGGGUGCAGCGUGUCGGCUUGGAGCGUGAACGCCCAGGGGGACGCGGCGAAGAGCGGCGAGCAGCAGAGCGCGCCGCUGGCCGUGCGAUGGGUCACCGCACGUCCCACUCUGAACGUCGUGGCCAAACGCGUCCGGGAGGCCUCGGUGGGCGGAGCCACCUUUGAGAUGAGCUGCGCCGUGGCCACCGGGAACCUCGGGGAGGCGGGCUACUCGGUGCUCGUCCAAUCGCAGGACAGCGUGGAGGGCAGCGUGAGGACCAUCAUGACCCUCAGCCCCGACAACGUGCUGCAGCACGGAGGAGCCACGGACCCCAACAGGAGAGACGGCCUGGUUCUGACCAAGUCCGGCCCGGCGGAGUUUCGGUUUCGCCUGGCCGGCGUGCAGCUGUCCGACAGGGGUUUCUACUGGUGUGACAUCACCGCGUGGACCAAGCAGCAGGCAGGACAAGCCUGGACCAAAGCCACCAGCGCCGAGUCCAACAAAGUCAAGAUCGACUUCCAGGAGAACGGCCCGACCUUCGCCGUCGCCCUCCAGUCGGACACCACCGUCGUGUACCCGUGGGAGACGGCCAAGAUGGAGUGCUCGCUCAGCGUCUCCGGCUCCUCGCCGAAGGCCGGCUCGCACGCAGACGACCUGGCCUACGAGGUGCGCUGGUUCUUCACGCGGCUGCGCGGCGGCGAGACGACCGCGCAGGUGGCCAGCAUCGACCGCUUCGGCGUCGUGAGGAAAGACGCCCGCAACUCGUCCAGCGACGUUUCGGUGGAGCGCCGGGACGCGCACGCCUACGCGCUCAACAUCCACGGCACCCAGGACAGUGACAGCGGCGAGUACCACUGCGUCGCCACUCCCUGGUACCUGUCGGCCUCCACGGGGGCCUGGACCCAAGCCGGCGAGCUGACGUCGCCUCGGGUCUUCCUCACGGUCCGCUUCGCCGUGUGGGAGUCCCUGAAGCUGCCUCUGCUGUACGGCGUUGCGGCAUCAAUAGGUGUGGGCCUCUUCUCCCUGGUCCUGGGCCUGGUCUGCGCCCAGUGCUGCUGCCGCAACGGCGCCCACACGCCGCACACGCUCACACGCUCGCACAACAAGCUGAUGGACCUGGAGAUGGACUGACAAACACUCUCCCCGCCGCCCCCCCCCCUGCGGCGCCCACAGGAAGCCCCCGGCACACAGCCGCCACGCGCCCACGGACCGUUUCUGGGACAGCCAGCUGUUUCCGUGCGACGGGCGCUGGGAGUGAAUUCGGGGUUUCCUCGGCUCUGCAGAGGAGG